AAGUGUAUUUAAGUGGCCAGGCGGUCGGUGCUCGAGAACACACGCGUUUCACCCACCUGAGAGGGCUGCACUUGUCUUGACGGCAGCGGAAUUAGCAGAAUAGCCGAUACCAAAAAAGGAGAACACUUGUCAACAUGAUACCGACCAUAACGAAGCAGUACCAGAACGUGGUGAUCAGCACGGGCAACAUAAUCGCCACGGAACUGGGCCAGCGCAAGUCGAACGAGGAGCUGUACGACGGCCUAAAGAUAACGCUCCACAGCGACCCCACCGUGGAGCGCGUGGUGGUGGAGAAGGAGAUCGACGAGCUGCACGGCCGUGUGCAGCGGGCCACCCAGGAGCUGACCACCCGGCUGACGGAGAACGGCCGCAAUGAGAUCAGCAUCGGCGCCAAGAUAUUCCUUAACCACCACUCCACGGAGUGUGUGAAUCAGGCGGUCGAGGCACUGCUCAACAUACUCAGUGUGACGCACGUGGACAAUGUGGUGCUGGCCUACCACCCGAAUGCGGUUGCCAGCGCAACGACGGUGGCCACAACAGCCGGUGUGCCGGCCAAGUCGCCCUGCUCCGAAGGCAUUGUCGUCAGCAAAGCCAGCAACUGGAGCCAGCGCAACGGAGAGAAGGGAGUGGCGGAGCUGAAGGAGCUCUACCAAACCCUCGAACAGUACGCCCUCAAGCAGCAGAUCACCCAGCUGGGCAUUGCCGAUCUGGAUGCGACGGCAUUGGAGGAGCUGCACAAGAGCGCCCAGGUGGCGCCCACAAUUGCCCAGGUCAAUCUGUCCACCUGCUGCGUUGUGCCAGCGGAACUGCAGGAGUUCUGCACCGCCCACGACAUCCAGCUGAACACGCACAGCGAUCCCGAGCUACUUCUGCCCGAGGAGCAGUUCGCCGCACUGGCGCCCGGCUACACAAUCGACUGGUCACUGCGAUACCAGGUGCACGUCCGCUGCCGAGGCGUCCUCACCGCCAAGGGAUACAUCGUGGGCGCCUCGCGAUCCAGCGAUUAGUUUUAGUAACUCCCACAUCCAGAUGCUAGGCUAUAGUUUUAAUGUUUGUAAUGUAUGCUGUGUACAGUGGUGUACUUAUUGUUUGUUAUACAAAACCCAGAUUGAGGAUUCGGAGCCGAUCGAUUGAUUUUACUGUAAACGAUUUUUCAAUACUUAUUCUGAACAUAAAGCGUUUCAAAAACGACAA